AUGCGAGGAGAGAAGAGAAGAGAGGAGCGAGAGGGGAGAGAGAGAGAGAGGGUCCAAAGAAGGAAAGGAAAGGUCGAGAUGGGGGCGUACGACGACUCCAACUCCACAACGUCCGCAGUAGGUUUGGAUUGGGGUUGGGGUGGGAAUAACAAAGGACAUGGCCGAAUUUACCAAUCAUCAUCGCCCCCAUCAUCACCAUCACCAUCGCCGCCUUUCUCGAUCCAAGGCAGAGGAGGAGACGCGAGCAAUCUCCCUUUGACGCUAACCCUAACCCUAGUUGAUCGUUUUUAUUCCAAUUCCGCUCCUUCGAGGCCAGAGACGUUGCUCCAGGAGAAAAUCCCCCUUGACUCAUGCGUUCCUGUUAACUUUUGCUUCCAAAGCCGUCGGCUUCAUCUCUCCCCUCCCCGUUCUUUUGUCGCGCCGCUGGAGAGAAGGUGACCUGAGGUUUUCGGUCGCGCCGCCGAGUCAAGAGUGGGAGUAAGUGUUGAUAUUUUGAUUGCGAUUGUGAAGUUGAAAUCCUCUCAAUGGAAGGAUUUGGGGUUUCGGGAAAUGCUUUUGCAAGGAAACGGAGGAGUGCAACGGCAAGGCGGCCUCGGCCAGAGUCACAAUUCAUAUUGGAGGGUCGUGAUGCCUCACCUCCCUCAUCCACACCUUCUUCAGAUAAUGCUAGGAAGCUCUCUCCUGAUGAUAGUGGUGGCCAUGAUGUCUCUUUCCGGAGGAAAGAAUUUAACCUGAACAGCUCUGCCCCAAAGAUUGCAUCAAUUAAUAAGAUUGAAGGCUUGGCUGCCUCAAAAGAGUUAAAGAAAGAUGAUAAGAAAUUUGGAGAUCUUGAAGGGUUCUAUAGAGAUAGUAGUUCGAGAGGUGGGCUGUCCGGAAAUACCGAUCACAGGAGAACUGGGUCUGAGCCGAAGCGAUGCAGCAAAGGUGCCCUUGCUCCAGCUAACUGGAAGGGUGCGAGCAAGGUUAAAGAGAACUUGGAAAUUCCAUCAAGGUCCCCUGAUAGCUAUGCUGGCAAGAGUGCUGAUGGAAAUAAUGUGCAUGGAUCUGUUGGAACUCCUGACGGAUCAGCUGACAGCAAACUGAAAAAAGUCAAGCUCAAGGUUGGUGGAGUCACCCGCACCAUUCAUGCAAAAUCAAAUUCGGUGAACGAGAAGAAUGGUUCAUCAACUGCAAAGCCUUCACGUUCUUCAGAUGCUUCUCGGCAUCGACAGAAGCUGAUUCUUCAGGAUACUUCAGACGACGACUAUCCUCCACCUGAGAAUCAAAAUGGAUUGCAAGGAGCUCCACAGAAGGAUUUUGGUGGAGGCAGCUUUUCUCAUGGGGCAAAGGAUAAUCCACGGGCCAAAACAGGAGAAGAAAGCCUGUCUGGAAAGCAAACAGAUACACCACAUCGUAUACCCUUCUCCGAGUCUGUUCGUAAAAGUAAGAGGGUGCCCAAGCGACGGGUGUUAGAUGGUGAGUUUGAUGAUGGUAUUGAAGAUGAUGAGCUACGCUAUCUCGGGAGACUCAAAACCUGUAAGUCCAGCUCAGAUUACAGUGGUGAGCAGGAAGAUGAUGGAGAGGGCAGUGUCAAGAAAAAGAAGGUUUCUAAGGUAACUAAAAGUAGGAAAAGCUCAUAUGAUGCAGACGAGGACUUUGGUUUGUCACGAUCAAAUAAGGAUAGCAAAAGAAAGUCGAGGGAAUCUGAUGACACAGAUUAUGCUGAAGAGGAAGAACCUGGUUCCGAUGAUGGGCCAGAUGCCAAGAGCAAGAAAUGCAAGAAGGAACCUGUAGAUUCAUCAACAGAUGCCAGAUCUGAACCUCUUACGACUCGUCAGCGAGCCCUUCAAUCAGGCAAAGGUGCUCGCGAGAGUUUGAUUGAGUUUCCAAAUGGGCUACCUCCUGCACCUCCAAGAAAACAAAAAGAGAAGCUCUCGGAAGUGGAGCUGCAGGCAAGGAAAGCUGAGGCUGCUCAGAGGCGUAGAAUGCAAGUUGAGAAGGCAGCUAGGGAAUCCGAGGCUGAGGCAAUAAGGAAAAUACUGGGCCUGGAUUCCAACAGGAAGAAAAAAGAAGAGAAGAUUCGUAAGGAGCGUGAUGAAAUGGCACAGAAGAGGGCUGCUGAAUCUUUAAUAUUAGCACCAAACACUGUCAGAUGGGUUAUGGGACCAACUGGCACGGUGGUUACAUUUGCUGAUGAUGUAGGUCUCCCAAGUAUAUUCAGCUCCAAGCAAUGCAGUUAUCCACCCCCACGAGAGAAAUGUGCUGGCCCAUCAUGUACAAAUGCGUAUAAAUACCGAGAUUCCAAAUCAAAUCUUCCACUGUGCAGUCUACAAUGCUACAAAGCAGUGAAAGAACUUGCUCAGUCUGUAUCAACAUGUUGAUGCCUGCUUCAUUCAUCCAUUUUCUGGUCUACGCAGAAGCAGAUACCUGUUUGCUAGAGAAUUCAGGCCAUGCUUCUGAUUUCAUCCUUUAGAAAUAAUGCAAUUUGACGAGGAUCAUCAUUCAGCAGUUGAAAUGGAGGAAGAACUUGCUGGAGCCUGUUAAUAUAUAUGCGUAAUCCUAUCGUGAUUCUACAACUACUGUGGAGAUUGUGAUCAAUGGGCUAAGAGGGGUUUCCUCCAAGAAUAUUCAACGUCCUGCAGGAUUAAUAUUUAGUGGCUAUUUAUAGAUUCCUUUGGUCAUUGCACCCAGCCAGAAACAACGCCUGGAGGAAGGGCCUGUCCUCAUCCUGAAGAGGUGGCAUCCCUUGCUUUUGCUAGUUGUAUCCAUGCUGUUGGUUUUCUAGACAGCUUGAACCGCUCAACGAAUAAUGAUGUCUAGCAGAUAUGUCAAAUUUGUAAAUUCCAUCUACUCAAAGAAGUUGCGCGUUCGUUCUUGGCAGUUCUUUAAAUUUGAUUGACGGUAGUGAAUCAUUUCCAACAAUUCAUUGGUUAUGCCAGUUGUUGAAAUUUUUUUGAUUACUGAAUGAAAGCAAACUGUUUUAGCG